UUGCUUGUCGCUUUCCGGCUACGUCACCAGUUUGCGGUAGCGGCGGUAGCGUGCGUGCCUUGUGUCUGUGCACUGACAGACUCGAGCGGCGGUGCAAAGGUUUGAGCUCCUCUGGACACUUGGGAAGUUUUUACUGUUGCCCAGGGUCAGCAUGUCGUCUCUAUUAAAGGUGAACAGCGAGCUGAAGAGCAAGGUGGAAACCUUCAGGGAGCAGAUCACCAGUGAGGCCGAACACCUGGUCUCCAGCUUUUUUCCUCAAAAACUCCUGGAGUUGGAUCAAUUUCUUAAGGAGCCAAUUUUCAACGUAACUGACCUGAAAGAAAUCCAUUCAGAGAUCAAGUGCAAAAUCCCAGAACCCAUUGUCUUCACUAACAGCCAUGAUGGCGUGGACAUGAAUACAAAGAAGAGGAAACUAGAGGACGGAGUCACUGAUGAGAGCUGGCAAGGGGGAACCAGAACACUGUUGAUGCCAGAGGGGAUGAUGAAAUGUAACGGCAAGCUGGUGGACCUGAUUGAACAAGUCAAACCAGAGAUCAGGACACUGAUUGAGAAGUGUAACACAGUUAAGAUGUGGGUCCAGCUGCUCAUCCCCAGAAUAGAAGAUGGAAACAACUUUGGAGUCUCCAUACAGGAAGAGACGGUGACAGAGCUGAGGACGGUGGAGUCGGAGGCAGCGUCAUACUUGGACCAGAUCUCCAGAUAUUACAUCACCAGAGCCAAACUGGUCUCCAAAAUAGCCAAAUACCCUCAUGUGGAGGACUACAGAAGGACCGUGAUGGAGAUCGAUGAGAAGGAGUACAUCAGUUUGAAGAUUAUUGUUUCAGAGCUCAGGAAUCAAUAUGUGACUCUUCACGACAUGAUCCUGAAAAACAUCGAGAAGAUCAAGAAACCAAGAAACAGCAACGCUGAAGCUCUUUACUGACAACCCUUACAAACACAAAGCAUCUGCCGUGGGUCCAACAGUACUGUGACCGGUAGCGCUCAGCUUUUGUUUUGGAGUUUUUACAGCCACAUCAUGAUGUGUCAAACAAGCUGCUGCCGCUGGACGACUGUGCUUAGAUUCAAUGUUUAAGACUGUAAUCUGACUGGUGCUUACAGUUGAGCUAGAGGAAACGACUAAAAAUGCAAAGACAUACUCCCCAAUCAGACAUCCAGAGCUGUUGUGGGACCCUCCCCCAUCUAUUGUUUUGACCUUACUCUGCAGUCACGCACGUGCUUUUUGGCACGUAUCCUUCAGUUUCGCCUCUCCGGCACUCUGGGACCUGACCGCAGACUCUUUUCCCAUACGUAUCUCAACUGCAUCGCCUGCUUUCCAUCUGCUGCUCCGCUGGGACUGAAGCUCACAGGUUCCUGCUGGUUUCUCUUCCUUUCUGUGGAGUUUUGGUCCUUGUGGAUGCCGUGCCUCUCCCAGGAUUUAUCAUCUGGCUUUGAAUGGUUUUCCUGCUUCUCUUAACUCUGACUCUUUGUUCAGUUUUUGCCUCUGAAUCUUUCUGGGCAUACCACUGUACUAUGAAAACUAUGAAAUUUGAACUCCACUCAAAUCUCCCCUGGUUGUCCUAAAACAGUGGAGGAACAUAUUUCCUCAGUGCUUCAGAGAACAAAUGCAUUUCUUCAGCUGUAGCCUGGUAAUGAUUUGGCUGCACAAGAGAGACUCUGACUGUUCACUUUAAGAUUCAUCUUUUUUUCUUUCUUUUUUUUCUCCCCCAGCCCACUCGCUGUUGCAUAUAUGUUGCAUUGUAUGCAUACACUUGGAGGUGCUAUUGCAUCCCAAGAGUUUGCCUGUGUUAAUGUUACACGUAGGCACGAAAGACACAGAGAUGUUGACCCCGGGACACUCCUGCUCCAGGCUGGUCCCUUUGAAUGCUGUUACCACACUGCUGUCUGUCAGUACGGACCUGUGAGAAAGACGUUGGCGUUGUUCCACACACACACACACACACACACACACAUUAAUGUGCCUCCAUGUAUCCAUCUUUAUUGUUUUCAAAAGUAUCAAUGUGUAGAUACUUUUUUCGAUGUUUUAAACCGUACAAAUGUAUACAUACACAACUAACCACAUACACAAAUGUGUUUGUGGUUAGUGACUUUGUACCAGCACUGUGUGCAGGUUGUUAAUUAAACAAAAACAAAACAAAAA